AAACACGGAAGCUAACAUGGGACAAGCAAGUUGAAACAGAAGCGGGGUUGCCCUUUCAUGUCAUUGGUCUCAGACUAGUCACAGGUACACACGCAUCGAAUAUUUCCUGAAUUAUUUUCUCUUGAGGAAUGAGAACACGGGGUCCCAGCUGCACACAGUCGAGCCACGCCCACGCCCCACCAUGCUCCCAACACCCACCAAUGUGAGGAGCCGUUACACCAAGCAGUACAAGGAGAAGGGCAUGGCCAACCUGGAGAGAGCCGUUCACGACUCAGCGCUCAAAUUCAAGAAUUUACCAACACGGGCCAAAUUCUUAUUUGGUUCCUCAUUGGUAGUGUCUGUGCUAUUCUACGGUUUUAUCAUCAGAAGUUUUUUCAAAAACGAUUUGAUGGAUGAACACUUCCUGGAAACUGACAAGUGCCCUGCCUGCUACGGCAUGAGUGCUUGCGGUCAGUUUUUUUACGAUCGCGUCAAGUUUACGGGGUGGUCGAAGUUACGAUUCCUAGACAGGGUGAAUAUAAAGAAUGUUCACUUUGCUGAUCAUCAAGACUUAAAUAGUGUUGUCAUAAAGAAAUUAAGCCACGAUAGUGAAAUCCAAGCAAUCGAUGAUAAGAUCUGUUCUGAUGGCAACCGGCCUGCUGGUUGCGAUAUUGCCAGGGUUAUAUAUAUCACAAACACUGCCCAGACUUUGAAGAAAGGUCCGAUUCAGCCCGAAACUUUGAAGGGGGAGGCAUCCAUGUUUACAUGUGGGUCCUACCGACUGCUGGAUCGCCUGUGGCACUAUUACAAGGAGAGGCUGAAGAAGAAGGAAAUAUUUUUCAGGGACAAGAUUCAGCUGUGGUACAUCAGCAUGGUUAACACUGAGCCGCUCAUGUUACAGACAUUCCCGGCGUCGGAGGGGUGGCCGUUUCCGGAGUACUACGGUGCGUGUGGUCGCUUCAUGAUGGUGGAAGACACUGGCCGUCCCCUCGGGGACUUCUUCCAUGCAUCGUUUGAGAAGAGGGCAGACAUUGCGUACCAGAUCAUGAAGAUUGCAGACAAGAUGACCAUCAACGAAGAACAGUUUGCCCUGUACUGGACAGACCUGACGUAUGAAAACCUGUCUGUUGAUGCAGCUGGCAAGGUCAAGGUUAUUGAUCUUGAGAACAUCAUCGUGGUGGAUCUCAUGGCAAUCGCAGCAACCAAGCCCAAAGGAUGGGAUGAAUUUCUCGAGAGUCCAUUUGAUGAAUGUGGAGGGAAAAACUGUCUUGGGUUCUCCACGGCAAAACUGUGCUCCCAUGUCAACUCAGACCAUAAUUAUUACGCAGCCUGUCGCAACAUCUUGUCCCAAUAUGCAAAUGAGGAUGGAAAACCAGGAGGGUUGCUGCACGACAUGCCAGACCACGCCCGCGACUACUGGGACCUCGAACAUCUCCUGAAUGAAUGCGCACGACCUCAGACAGUGCAAGGUCGAAUAAAGGUCAAGGACAAACUCAUAAGUGCGUUUGAGAAUCUGAUGUCAGACCCGAAUGUGGAUGUCAAUGUUUUGGAUGAAGCUAUGGAAGAUAAACAUGAAAACAGAUUUUUUAAGAAGACAGGAAAAGAUGAAGAAUGAGAACUUUGUAGGGGUAAAUAAUAUUCAGGGUCCUGUUUCAAGAAGUGAUCGUCCUUCUAUGGCUAUUGUUACUCCUAGUCUUUAACAGAUUUACAACAGUCACUGUGCAAUGAUCCCUUUGUGCAACAUUCCCUAGGUGUGUUUCUGGUGUGUUGAAGGAUGGGAUAUAACACUGUUAGAAACUGGCUUUAGUCGUAGUUGUCGAUACGUAGUACUAAGUUGCGUGGGUUUGUUUAUUCCACUGUGUACUUCUUCUUUAGCGCAUAAUUUAUUCAGUAAGAAUAUAAAAAUAAAAAUAUGUGUCUUGUGAAUUGAGAUGUUUUAGACAUUCUUGCCACUACUAAGAAUAUCUUUGCUCACAAACUGUUUAGUGUUCCAUCAAUUGCAUUUUUGUACCAAUCCCAUUAAUAUCAGAUCUUUUGCUCUGAUACGAUACCUCUGUGUGAAGAUCUCACAACCCCUGCAAAGAAUGUCGCUUCUGGUGAAUUCGUUUAUCAACCAAUCAGCAUCAAGGCGUCAAGAGUACCAGACUGACAAGCAUAUCAACAAACAUAAUCAGUGAGUUCUGGAGGAGAAUAAUAAAAGCUGUGCUGUUACAUUGCUGUUGAUAUGCAAGCCGACAAUGCUUGUUUCGUUCAGAUUGGACGGUCACAGUUUACCUGACACGAUCUGCUAUGGAGGACUUGUCAGAUGUUCAUGCAGAGGUAUCAUAGCAGAGUAAACAAUCUGAUUUUAAUGCGAUAUGUCUUCUCCUUCACACCUUGUCGAAAAGCUGAGCCAUCAGGAUUGUGACUUGGGAUUUGUAUUGCCCCCCAAAAUGUAUUUCAUUGAAUGAGAUUCAGGUAUCAGUAUUGAAAUACAGUCAACUAUGUUUAUAACGAACACGCUUAUAAAGAACUGACGGAUAUAAGGAACUUAUUUUUUAGUCCCGGCCAUUUGAUGUUUAUAUGCUGCUUAUAUGCUUAUAACGAUCUACGGUUAUUACGAACUAAAAUCACUGGUCCCUUUGAGUUCGUUAUAACCGUAGUUAACUGUAUGUUACUCAAUAUGGUCAGAUGCUGCCAUUGCGUAGUCAUGGAUACAGGGGAGGUAACAUUACAGCAAAACCACUUUAAUGUUUCUGGUGUUUUUCAAUCAAUUGAAGGGAAACAUUUGUGAAUUUCUGUGUAGAGUUUUUAGGUUAAACGAUUUUAAUAAUAAUGAAACUUGUUCUGUUUUUCUACCCAAUAUACUAGUCCAAAGAAACACUAUCGCAAUAUGUAUCAUUUGAAAAACAUAUUGCUGUUUUAACAUACAGUCCUCACUGAUUAGUGUUUGUGGGAAAUCCGUGCCUUUCUCUUCAGGUCAUUAUCAAGAGCUCAUUUCAAGUGCUGCUUAUAACCAAAAGAGGCUUACGUUAUUGUGCUAUUUUAGCGUGACAUUGCAUUAUACCCAGAAGUCCAUGUUUUACGAGGUAUGUUCAAUCAAGAUAUUGUAAUGGUUGUUUAAACGUGUGUUUGUCAUGUGCAGCAAAGGAAUUAUAUUGUGAUGUGUUAGAGAUGCGCAGUAUCACAGGUAUACACGAUUUAAAAUACUAAUGAAUACAUAUCACAAUACGUUCUGAAAAUACUGGUAUAUUUCUUUUUUCAAAAUCAUGCAUAUUUCAUCUUGUUGGCAAAUUUUAAAUCAGAGGAAAGUGGAAAUAAAUUAUGAAAUUUAGACAUUUGCAAUUUGAUUUCUGUGAUUGAGAAAGUGAAACUUAUCAUGACCAGUUUCCUGAAUAAAAUUUGUCAAUUACAUGUGUUGUAACUAUGGCAACAUCUAACAAAAUGGCCGCCGACAACGGUGUUGUCCAAAAUGUGCCGGAGAAGUCCAAUGUAAUGGUCCAUAUUAAUUCAGGUUUUUAACAAAUUACAGAUGAAAGAAUGCAUGCAAUAUAUUGUAUGUACAACACAUGAAUCAUUAUUUCAAUAAAUUGCAAUGUGAAAGUAGGUCCAAUACCGAUCACUUUGUGAGGUCAUUCAAUACUACAGGUCUUCAAGCCUUUGGGUAUAGAUUGAUGACAUCCUUUAAUGAGUCAGGUUGGAACUGGAUUAAUGUUGGAGUUAUCCUGAAGUAUUUUUUGAUGUUCUUGCUGUGUAACCAUCAAUAAUUGUUGAUCAAUACUUACAUACCUUGUUCCAACUAUCAAGAUAAUAUGUCCACUUGUCAAUAAAGUAACUUCAAAGCCUUUUAGGAAAUCAAUAUACCUAGACUGAGGCAGACAUUCUGAUAAGACAUUGUGCUUUUUAGAAAUCUGUUGGCGCAGCAUGCAAUUCAUUGUAGAAUGAAUUAGAGUGUAUGCUCCAAUCUGAUUGGCUGAAAAACAUCGUUAAAUGAGAUUUGAUCAUGGAAAUCUUUUGGACUUUUCAUUGUUUUUGAGAGCUUUUCUCAUUAAUAUUUUUUUUUCUUUUCUCAAUGCCAAAUCUGAAAAAAGGUACUAUUCUGCUUGGUGAAUAGGUUACCAUGUCAACAAAAUAUUAAGUUUGAUCAAUAUUUAUCUUUGAUUUAAGUGCUUUUGUCAGUAUUCUGCUAAACAGGCAUAAUCGUUUUUCACAAGCACUUAACUUCAUCCAUUGUAUCAAGAUGUCCCAGCAUUCCAGUGUGACAUCAUAGCAUUCGUCACUGACAUCAUAGCAUUCGUCACUGACAUCAUAUCAUGGCUGCCUCACAACUGUGAGAGUUCACGUGGGUAGAGAGUGCUACAGAAAGUUACUGAUAACUUUUAUAUUUUACAGUGUAGAUAAUAUUACAUGUUUUCAGAUUUGAGCAUGCUGUUGAGUAUUUGAUGCCCAGAAAUUUUAGCAUUUUAAAACUCCUGCUAAUGUUGGUUCCACAUAAAACUUUCUGGUCAUCGAUUAUUCAAGAGAACAGGCAAAUCUGAAAACAUGAUGUUAAUCUCCUGACUGAUGAGGUACAGUGUACCCCUGGGAUGGUACCUCCUGGCUGGGGUACAACAUGUACCACUUGCACUUGGGCAUGUGGGUAGAGAAAUGAAUGCAGCAAAUACCAUAUUUCCUCUAAUAAGAGCCCCGGUGAUUAUUCUUUGGACAACUUCCAAACCUGGUGUAUAAUGGAGGCCGUGCAGUAAUUAGAGUCCCAACGCUUACAGUAUGGUGUUAAAAAGCUUUUAUUUAUUCUGAGAAGAUAUCUAAAUCUAACAAACCCGGCGCUUACUGGAGACCUGUACGUAUUGUGUUGUAGGCAGCUUUGUACCCACUGCUUGUUGGAGGGCGGCGCCUAUAAAAGACCUGGUGCUUAUUAGAGGAAAUAUGGUAGACUAGUUCAAGUUCAUUGUAUAGAUCAAUCAUUUUUUUUGAACAAAUGAAUAAUUGUUUGUAAA